AAAACUGGGGGAAUGCAGACAUACAGCAUGCGUCUGUCCUGAACUGAAGUUGACUAUGGCGCUUUGCCUGUGGCUUAUUAUGGUGGUCCCUGUAUGCUGCUGGGGACAGGGGCCAGUGGACACAGGGGAAAGUGGUGUUUUCCAGCCCCAGAGUGCCCUCAGUGACAUGGAGUUUGCCAGUGUGAGCUCGUACCGUGGCCCUGGAAACACUGACCCUCGCCCCAAUAAUAAGCUGCCCAUCCUUCUGUGGUGGAGCUCCAAUCUUUUCCCACACUUCCCAGGAGACACAGAGCGUGUGGACUGCGCCCGCUCAUCCUGCCUAGUCACAAGCAACUGUAAAGUUCAGCUGUAUCGCCGCACGGCGUCCAUUAUUUUCUACGGAACAGACUUCCGGGCCUAUGAGGCUCCGCUGCCACGUUUGGCACAUCAAACCUGGGCGCUUUUCCACGAAGAGUCGCCCAUGAAUAACUACCUUUUGUCUCACAGUGUUGGAAUCAGGCUGUUUAACUACACAGCCACGUUCAGGAGGGAGUCGGACUAUCCGCUAACGCUGCAGUGGUUGCCCUCUCUGGAUUAUCUUCUGAAAGCACCGGCAGUCCCUCUGCAGGAGAAGAACCGCUGGAGACGGGCCGGUCUGGCCCCUGUGCUCUACAUACAGUCCCACUGUGAUGUGCCUUCAGACCGCGAUCGCUACGUUCAAGAGCUGAUGAAGUAUAUAGAGAUUGACUCGUAUGGGAAGUGCCUUAAUAACAAACCUCUGCCUGACUAUCUGGAGGACACCAGCACAGCCACUGGUGAAGACAGACGCUUCAUGAGUUUCGUUGGCCAUUAUAAGUUCCACCUGGCCCUGGAGAACGGCCUGUGUCCCGACUACAUGACGGAGAAGCUGUGGCGGCCCAUGCACCAGGGCUGUGUGCCCAUUUACAGGGGCUCAUCAUCGGUGGCCGACUGGCUGCCAAACAGUCAUCCCGCUAUCCUCAUUGACGAGUUUCACUCUUCACGGGAUCUGGCGGAGUUCAUAAAGACUCUGGAUCAAGAUGACGUGAAGUACUCACGCUAUCUGGAGUACAAAACGCCCAGCAAGAUCACGAACCUGCGUCUGCUGGAGGGACUGGAGAACAGAGAGUGGGGUGUCAAUGACAUGAGUAAACCAAACUACCUGAACGGGUUUGAGUGCUUUGUCUGCUCCCGAGAGAACGAACGUCUGGCGGCAGUGAAAGUCCACAGGAAGAACCCAAAACGGAACCCUCUGCCUCAACCAAAAAUGGCCAACAGCUCACACAUGGGCUGCCCGCUGCCCAGUCCUGGAUACGGACCUGUGGAAAGUAUUGACCCAAAUGAUGGCUGGCUCCAGAUGUGGCCGCAGGACUACUGGCAGAGUCUGGAUCAAGCUGAGGGUUUGGAGUCGCUCGUCAGACACAAUGUGUCAGAUCCGUCCUUAUUGUGGCAGCAUAUACAGAGCAUCGCUGUGAGGAGAGCCAGAGGCCGAUGAGAUGAUCUCAGGACUCGCCAUCCACCCGAGGGGACGUCACAGGUCAAAACGUCCUCUGACAGCUCAAAACAAUUUUACAAUCCACCCAAGGCUGAUGAGCCGUUCUUGAAAUGUUACAUUUUUGACAUUUCUAGUCUAAUAACAAUAAUCUCAUUAUAUUUAAAUAUUCCCUUUCAGUAUUAUACAUUCAUAAUGAAUGUUCUUGAGCUGCAUGUUAUUCUGGGGGCUUCGGCGGAUGUUGAACGUUCACAGCUCACAAUCACUCAGGCUUGCUUGCACCAUCACAGGAGAUAUCAUGGACGGAUAUCACUGCAGUUAUGGAGGACAAAGUUUCUUUGCAUGAUGGUCUUGAAGAGUGACUCUCAUGAAAACACGUCAAGGUCAAAUGUCACUAUGCAGUAUUUUUUCCUUCUGAUUUUUGUAAAGUAAAGCAGCCCCCUCUUUUGGACCAUAAAGAUUUUGGAUAGUAAUGUUAUUUUCAUGAUAAUUAAACAAAUUAUACAUCAAAA